AUGGCUACUGGAGACGUCGCCACGGUUAGACUGGACGUAGCGAGCAUUCUGUCACGACGUUCUGCACGUGUGCCUAUUGGAUCCAAGUUAUGCGAGGAUGCCCUGCAGGUGUGGCCCAAAUCAGAGUCCAGCGGCAUGGCGACCGCCAGCGAGCCUGUGGCGAGGACCAACAGCGGCGGUAGCGGUGGCGGCAGCAAGGACUCGGGCAGCUUCGAGUGCAACAUCUGCCUGGACCUGGCGCAGGACCCUGGGGUCACCCUCUGCGGCCACCUCUUCUGCUGGCCCUGCCUCUAUAAGUGGCUCCACGUCGACGUGCACUCCCAGGAGUGCCCCAUCUGCAAGGCCGUCGUCGAGGAGGGGAAGCUCGUCCCCCUCUAUGGUCGCGGUGGCACCUCCGCCGCUCCACGGGCGAGGUCUGUGGCCAGCGUCCAGAUCCCCAGCAGGCCGACCGGGCAGCGGCCGUCCACCACGCCGCAGCCUGACCACAACAACCAUUGCCCGCACAUGAACCUCUGGUUCAUGGGUGCUCAGGUGGCGGGCAGUGCAGCAGCUUCGCGGCGGUCGACGUCGCCGUGCCGGCUGUGGCGAGGAUGA